UCAGUUAUUACAUUAAAUAACAAAUAUCACCUGCUUCAUGAAUAGAAGAUAAAAAUAUUCUGCAAGGUGUGUCAAAUACUGAAACAUGCUUUCGGAUUUCAAUAAUGGGAGAGGCUGCAUUCCACUUCAGGGCUAAACAUAGUUGAAUAAAGAGGAAGUCAAAGCCAGGUAAAUUCACCUCUGUCCAGACUGGGCAGAGCACUUGAAUAACAGAGUAGGCUAGUGAUGGCCGCUUCGAAACCUUAGCAAAUCAUUUGCUUCAAAGCAGUUGUUAGGAGCACAUAUCAAACUGCCAAAGUCAUGUGAUUUCAGUAAAUAAGGCUUUGUUAUGACAUUUAUUGGCAAUGAUGGCCGUGGGAUGGCCCAGAUCUGGAUAACAGACAAGGGCCACAUGGACCAUAACUAGCCCAAGUCUCCCCUUACAAAAAAUAAGCUUAUCCAAGUGCGCUAUUAGUAUACUUCUUUUUAAAAAUGUAGCAACGUAUACUUUGUCUACUCUUUAUGUACUUCACAGAACAUACUUAAAGGGAUAUACUUAAAUAUACUUCAAGUCUACUUAUAAAAUUUAACAAUGUAAUGUUUAAUGUAUAAAAAAGAGAGGAUAAACAAUUCGUACACUAUUUUCAAUACACACACUUUUUCGAUUUCAUUUAUUGUAUCUUUUAAUAUAUGUACACCAUGAAAUGAAACUAGUCUAGCAUGUUGACAGUAGUUUAUUGUUUGAACAGAGGGCGUGGAAACCUACUUGUAAAUGAUACUCUAAAAAUUCUUUGUGCAUAACAAGCAACUAGACUCUCACGAGCUCCACAUCAAAGGAUUGUGUUGGAAGAACAACAGUUUUGACCGAACUCUCUCACUAGUUAUGGAGGACACUGAAAAUUCUGUUGCUAAACCAACAACGACCUCAAACUCAUGGGUCUCGUCUUCCUUCAUUAUACUUGUAGUGCUUGGCAUAAUCGUGGUGAAGAUGUUCAGGCAACAAAAUCAUAUUCCAGUGUAUCGUCCAAGUCCAAGUCCAAGUCAAGAGCUCCGGAUUCUUUUGGUUGGAAAAACAGGAGUGGGGAAAAGUGCAACAGGCAACACCAUCCUGGGAAAAAAUGUUUUUAAAUCAGAAGCAUCAUCCUCCUCUGUGACUGCACAAUGUGAAAAAUUUCAUGAAAUAAUAAAUGGCAGAAAAGUAUCUGUCAUUGACUCUCCAGGUGUGUUUGACACAAAUCUAACUAAAGAUGAAAUUAUCCAAAGAAUUAAACAUGGUAUUUCACUCUCUGCUCCGGGUCCACACGUCUUCUUAAUUGUGAUUCCCGUGGGCAGAUUCACAGAUGAAGACGCAGAAGCUGUUAAAACCAUUCAAGCCAUUUUUGGUAAUGAAUCCUCCACAUACACCAUGGUAAUAUUUACUUGUGGAGAUCAACUGAAGGGCAAAAACAUUCACGAAUUGGUCCGUACCAACCCAAAACUUCUCAGUUUCAUCAAAACUUACAGUGGACGAUAUCACAUGUUCAACAAUAAAGAACAAAAUCGUGAAGAGGUCAAUCAGUUGCUGGACCAAAUUGAUAAAAUUGUCACUGUAAAUGGUGGGCAACACUACACCAAUGAGAUGCUAGAAAGAGUAGAGAGAUUAAUUCAGGAAAAUACACGUCUUAUCCUGGAGGAGGAGGAGAGGAGGAGGAGGCAAACUCUGCAGGUGAUGGGUUUACAGCCCAGAUCUCCCAGAAAAAACUUUGAAAGAGAAAGUAAUUAUGAGCAGCAAACAAGAUGGAGAGCUGAGAGAGAUCCAUCAAUAAUAAACAAAGUGGUAAAUUAUUUGAAGGAACUACUACUAAAUAUAAUUUUGCCUGUCUCAACUCAUUUUUUCAAGAACAUGUGUCCCCACUAACAAAUUAAUAUAUGUUGCAACAAUGUUUUUUGUAUUUUCACCAUAUUUAAUACUUGUGAUUGUGUAGCAUAUAUAGCUGUAUAAUUAGAAAGUAUUCUCCUCUGAUUUGAUGCAUUUAACAGAAAAAAAAAAUGUUUUGUUACUUUUUUCGUAUCAAUGCAAUCUCUAUUGAUUAUGCCAUUGAAUAUUAAACACAGUAAAACUACUCAGUUUUACUCAGAAUCACUUAAGUUUCUGUCAGGUGAAGAAAAGAUUUCAACAUAAUUUGAAAUUUGAUUUUUUUUCUUUUCUUUUACUAAACUUGCUCAAUAGCACAACUGUUAUAGAACUUUACUUGCAAAGCACUUUGGUACAAGUCCUUUAAAACAUGACACUCCACAGAGAUAAAGCUAAUGGUGUGGUUGCUUCAACAAAUGCAUUUGAAUGUACUGAAUGUGACCAACUAAAUGGGAUUUUUCAUGUAGGGCACCCAUUUUAUCAGCAGUGGCCUUGUCUAUAUAUCAAGCUCUAAAUUGCAAACAGUGAUAAUUCAUUGUUCUUCUUUGAGAAAUUGUUUAAUUUGUGAACAUACCAUUUGUGUUAUUUAAGACCAAGCAGAAGCCUCAUCAGCAGGGAAAUCGCACAAGUGGUAAUCCUAUUGGCUAGUGCUCACACCAUCCACAUUAUGAUUUCAGCAAAUCACUUUGGGUAAUUGUCACAGACUUGACUUCACUUCACCAAUCACGUCGCACUCCCUCUCCUGAGUAUUGAUCAGCAACAUCUGACACUCAUCACCACCGCAGAAUAAAAGACACGUCAGAGCACUCAGUCACUGUCCGGUCUCGUUAAUACAUACUUCCUGUUACGGACUACUUACCUGUCUCCAUUGUCUUCCAAGAUCCCUCGUGUUCUCUGUGUCUUCAGUGAAUGCCUCCUGGUAUCCUCCGUUCCUCGUCUGCCUGUCAUCCUUGUAACCUGGAGAGAAGAUUAAGUCAAGUAUCACUGCCUUGAUAGUUGUCUGCUAAGAACUUUUUCUGCAUAGACUUACCUGCACUCUGCUAUAACUCUCUGGUUGUUCAAUAAACAUCACAUACGCUUUUACAUGUGUCUCCGUCCCCUUCUGUGUGUAACAGUAAUGCAGAC